AUGGAGGGGGCUGCGGGGCGGGGGCGGGGGCGGGGCGGCGAGGAGACCGGGGGGCCCCCAGCCCAGGAAUCCCGCCCCUCGCCGGAGCCCCCUACCCGGCCUUGCACCUUGUUUGUGGGGAACCUGAACCCUCAGUUCCCGCGGACCGUUUUGGCCGGGGCGCUGCAGGUCGGGCUGGAGGAGCCGAGGCCGGAGCGGGUCGACGUGGAGGUGGUGCGGCGCUCCCGCCUGGCCUACGCUAUGGUGCGGGUGCGGCUGCCCCCCGGGGAGACCCCGGCGGCGCUGGCGAAGCAGCUGCAGGCGGCGGCCGAGGAGCGGCCCAUUCUGCAGGAGCUGGCGGAGCGCGGGAAAGUCCUGGUGGUCAGCGAGAGCUGGCGGGGGGUUCACGAACCCCAAGGCGGCAGAGGACUAGGCCGUGCCAGGCCUGAGGGCAGCGUACCGCUUCCGACGGUUCGAGGCCCCGCGGCAGAGGUGGGAGGGGCCGGCCCCCGGCCGCCGGGCCCGCUGGCGGGCACGCGCUCGGACAGCGCCAUCGUGCGGCAGGAGAUCGUGGGGCAGGAGCGCCUCUUCCUGGGCUCCAACCUGGGCUGCGAGACGCGCAACGUGGAGUUCAAGCGCGGCGGGGGCGGCUACCUGGGCCGCACGCUGAAGCAUCACGUGCGGCGCUACGCUUGCGCCUUCCUCAACGGCGAGGGCGGCAGCCUGCUGGUGGGCGUGGAGGACGGCGGACGCGUGCAGGGCGUGUCCUGCGGCCCCCGCGACGAGGACCGCGUGCGCCUCCUGGUGGACGCCGUCCUCAAGGGCUUCAGGCCGCAGGUCUUCCCGGACGCCUACGCGCUCCACUUCAUCCCGGUGGUCCAGCCCGGGGCCCCCGGACCGACCGGCGCCCCCCUCAAGGUCAUCCGGCUGAGCGUCCACACCCCCCGGCCUCAGACCGAGCCGCUGCUCUACGAGACGGACCUGGGGGAGGUGUACCUGCGCCGCGAGGGCAGCGUCCAGGGCCCGCUGACGGGAUCCGCCAUCCAGGAGUGGUGCCGGCAGAGGUGGACUGCCGAACUGGACAAGCUGCAGGGGAGGCUCAGGGCCCUGGCGGCGGAGAAGGAAGACCUUCAGCAGCAGUCCCAGCAGCCGCAGUCCCAGCAGCCGCAGUCCCAGCAGCCGCAGUCCCAGCAGUCCCAGUCCCAACAGUCCCAGUCCCAACAGUCCCAGUCCCAACAGUCCCGGCAGCAGCGCCGACCAUGCUCCCACUUCUGCUGCGUCCUAUGACCUGCCGGAACGGGUGGAGGGUGGAAAGGGUGGGCCGCGAUGUCUAUUUUCAAAGUAAAUGUCUGCGUGCGCAGCUCC